AUGUCGUUCACCAAGCUUCCCACGGAAAUGCAGCUUGAGAUCAUCAACUACCUCGAUGUUCAAGAUCAAGCCAGUCUUGCAGCCCUUCAAGGAACGCAUAAUGUAGCCAUGGACGCUCUUUAUCGCAAUCUCGGACCGAUUCGUCUUGAUCGAUUGGGCGGAAAUCCGAUGACUCUCAAAUUCGCGAAGAAAUACGCGCGAUUGGCGAAGAAACUCUGCAUUCAUUUCCAUUUGACCACCGAUGUCGCUAAACUCUCCAAAUAUCAAGGAAUGUUGAAGGAAAUCUUCAAAAUUUAUCACGACCAAUUGCACGUCCUCGCUUUUUCGGCCUUCGAAUUCCUAGAUGAAGAAGUGUACCAGGCCGUAGCGGACUUCCUGCAAACGCAAUCUCAACUUCGUUUCGUCGUUCUUCCGAAGCUCGAGCGCGGUCACGGUCCCUUCCUCAAGAACGAAGAUAUUCGAUCACCAUUUUCCGCGGUCGUUGAAGUUUCCACGCCAACACACCUCCUCAAGGUCUAUAUUCGCAGAGGUGCAGAUCUCGAUGUUGCGAAAGCAGUUAUCGAUCGAUCGCGACAAAAGAUAGAAUCUGUCACCAUUUUCGGGCAGCAGGGAAUGAGGAUGCAUCAAGUCAAUUUCUUCAGUUCUCGAGUUGGACUUCGUAUUCCCUUCGAUUUGCAGAAGCUGAAGUUCCAUUUCUUCAAUUGCGCUCUCCUUCAUGGAAAUAUUCGGAUUCCGAAUCUGCGCGAGCUUACCUUGGUGAAUUGCGCCGAUGCUCCGGCCCAUGAAGCGUAUCUCAGUUCCUUGAGACAUCUGUAUCCAAAUUUGAAGACGCUGCAUUUCCAACAGACUGUGUAUAACAAAGGAAGCCAAAGCAAUUUCGUGAAGAUGGAUGUCCUGCGAAACCUUGCGAGCGGACUGAUUGGCCUUGAAAAACAAUGCAUACAUCAUGUCGAUACCAUUCCAGAUGGCCCAGCAUUAUUCGCACAGCGGCACGCCGAUACGCUUCGAUACGCUUCAUACCGAUUUGGGAUGAAUGAUUUGUCUCCUAAGGAAUUAGAAAAUCUUUCGAAGGCAGUUCCUAAACUUCAAGGCAUCGGCUUCAAUUGGGAAGCCGCUUCAAGUCCUCUUAUCGAAGGGACUAUUCAUCCUGAAUUUCAGCAGUUCUCUGAAGAUAUUGCUCAAGCCCUUUCGUCUUCGAAAGAUCUUCGGACUUUCGCAUUCUUCGCUGAGCCACUCCGGGAGGACCGAAGGCGAGAUCAGACUGAAGAAAAUUUUGAAUUGCUGAAACAAGCAAUGGAAGUCAUGACCAAAGCCCUCGAAGAUGUCAGCAUCUUCGCUGAUGUCAUCCAUGUCAUCCCGCGGUCUAUUGCAUACCUUGCGAAAUUCAGAAAGCACGGCCUUCCUCGAGCCAUUUCCUUCCGCAUCGUUCGACGAUCAUCAACGUCCGUAAUGAAGAUCACGAAUUUGUCUGCAGAAGAGAAGGAGAUUCUGGACUCCCUUGGUGGCGGGCAUGAAGUCUGGAUGCAGGACUAUGAGAAUGCAGAGCUAGGUUCAUUGUACUACUCGAACCAGAAGCUAGGAGAGAUCUGGAUGGAUCAGAGGGAUGCUGAGCAGAGACUUGCGGAGCUGUAG